CUUACCAAUACACUCCAGUCAUUCAUUCAAUCAGUCUAUCUGAAAAAUGUCGUACCCAAUGACUCCAGUCAAGAGACCAACAAUUUCACAUGGCAUUCAAGCAUCGGAUGGAAUCAUCAAAAGACCAAUUGAGGGAAACAAGAAAAGGCUUAGUGCACCAAUUAAGGAUAAACCUGAGCACAGAAUUGCACCAGAAGAAAUCACAAAUGCACCAACAACUUCUCGGCUUCGCCGUGCACCAGAAUUCGAUGUGGUUGUCAUCAUGAAAACAACAAAAAAGGAUAGAAAAAAGAUAAUUCAGACACCAAGACGUCGAUCAAUAAAGCUUGCGAAUGUACCAAUGACACCUAAAACUGCUCCGAUCCGGAGACACAGCACUGGAGGAAACGCAGCAAUGUCGACUCCAAAAAGAAGAAAAAGCUUUGGAUCAUUGGCUCCAGUUCGACAACAUCGUGUCGAGACCCGGAAAGUUGUGCGGAAUUUGAUGGCUGUUCGACCACCACUGUGCUUCUGAGAAUGAUUGUUAUGAUCUUAUGAUCCCGCGUGAGCAACUAAUUCCUGUGGAAUAUGAUUCAUUGGAAAUCAGCAUUAAUUAUACAAAUUGUCCUCAUUUUUAUUGCUAAUAAAAAAUAACUUAUUAAAAAAAACGAACCUAACAAGAAUUUCAAGUUAAAAAAUGGUUUUAUACCUGAAUUAUUGUUAUUCAAAGCGCUAAACGUGUAUCAACUUAAAUUUCAUACGUGUAUCGUAACCUAUUCUAACUUCACAAUUAUCUGCAACGUGUACUUUUAAGGUGCAUGAAUUUAUUCUGAUGUGUCUCGCCACGAGAAAAGUUUAUGGUAGUCUUCUUCGUUGCGGCGGCUGCUUUUCCGUAUUUUGGGGAAUAACUUUUUAUGAA